GACCAUUGCAUCUUGUACGAGUAGUUGUGUCCAGCUUAGCUUUCAUUUCUUGUUUUAGCUAGCUAGCCUCCAUAUUGUGAAAAAUUGAAAACAAAAAUGGAAAGAAUGGUUUUUGAAGCUGCACUAAAAGGAGAUGUAGAAAGCUUAAAGAGGCUUUUAGAUGAAGAUCCUCUGGUUCUGGAGAGAAGCAUGGCUAGUGGUGUUUACUCCGACACACCACUGCAUGUGGCAGCGAUGCUGGGAUACCAGGAUUUUGCCAAUGAAAUCCUUAAGAGAAAGCCCCAGCUACCCAAAGAGUUGAAUUCCAAUCAAUCUUCGCCUCUUCACCUCGCGGCUGCCAUGGGGCACGAAGGCGUGGUUAGAUGUUUACUGUUAGCUGAUCGCGGGAUGUGUAAGGCUCGUGAUAGAGACGGGCUCACUCCCUUCCACCUUGCAGCUGUGAAAGGGAGAGUUGAGGUGUUGAAGGAGCUGAUGAUGAGUGAUGGGCAUGAUGAAAUUUGUAGCAGUAGUGAAGAAUUAUUAAGUGAGGUGAUGGCGAUGGAUGGUGAGAAGUUGGGAGAGAGCAUUUUACACAUGUGUGUUAAGCAUGGGCAGUUGGAGGCUCUCAAGUUUGUUGUGGAGAAGAUAGGAGACGAUGCAGAUUUUGUGAAUUCUAAGGAUGCUUUUGGUAACACAGUUUUGCAUCUGGCUGUGGAAAAUAAACAAUUUGAGGCUGUGAAGUUUUUGGUCCAACAUCCUAAAAUACAAGUGAAGGCUGAAAAUGUGAAAGGAUUAACAGCUAAGGACACUCUCUUAACUCAGACUAGAAAUAAUAACGUGAAAGAGAUGGAAAUUGGAGAAGCACUAGUUGUGAGGAGGGACAAGGAAGCUGCUAAACAAUCAAAGAAGAAUAUAAUAAAUGAUGAGGAGGACAACAAUAGUGAUGUGCAAAGCCUCCAGAGCCAAUCAUCUGAGAUAAAAAAAGAUAAAAAAGAAAAAAGAAGAAAAAAGCAGUACAUGUAUAAGAAAAAUAGAGAGAGUUGGGUUCAUGAAAUGCGUGAGGGGUUAAUGGUGGCAGCUUCAUUGCUGGCAACAAUGGCUUUUCAGGCCAUUCUUAGCCCCCCUGGGAGUGUAAUGCAGGAUACUAAAGAUAUCAACCUAAUGUGGGUUGAAUCUGGUUAUUUCGCUAGUAUUUUACAAAGGAUAUUUGAUUUUUCAUGGGUAGAUCAGGAUCCAUAUCUGAGUCUGGCGCCUAGUCCUGAACCGAUGACAGGUUAUGUAGGAGAAUCUGUGAUGUCUUAUUACAAACCACUUGCAUAUGAAGUGUUCAUAAUGUGCAACACGUUGAGUUUUCUGGCAUCUCUCAGUGUCAUACUCUUACUCAUAAGUGGAUUACCCUUAUGGCAUAAAUUCUUUAUGUACGUGUUGAUGAUCACAAUGUGGGUGGCAAUUGGCGGAGCGGCUGUUAGCUAUGUUAUGUGCCUGCAAAUGAUUACUUCCUGGAAUAAUAUAAUGGUAGCUUACAAUUUGACCAGAAUCUGGGGCAAUUUGUUUGCAACACUUGCCGCUGUUAUUGGCGUUGGCCAUAUAAUUAUGGUGACAGUGAAGCUCAUAAAAUGGUUGCCAAAGGCAUUAUUAAUAUUCAAAACAAGGUUGUCCAAGAAGAAGAAGAAGAAGAACAAUUCUUCAAGUUCAAUGGAGCAUCAAGUUUAAUUUAGCAUUAUAUUGAGCCGAGCAAGAGUCUGCAAUUAUGUUCGCUAGCUUCACAGGAGAUCCAUCAGAUCAGAAACAUUAUUAUUAUUAUUAUUAUU